AUGUUAUUGCUUCUCCCCUUCACCCUACUUCUUGCCAUUGAGGUCAGCGCCCAAGUGGCAUCGGAUAUCCAACUCUCAGGCUCCCUUACAACAGGCACCAGCAUAUCCAACUUGGGAGGAGAUCUCCUUCCUACGGGCUCCGACGUUUCUUACAUUUCAUACACUACCACCUCCACCCUCAAUGGCACCACUGCCAUAUUCCAAACUACCAUGGCCGUCGCCAAUGCCUCAUCUUCGUCAACCUCUAAGCAAUCAACCUCAACAAGCCUGACUCUCUUACAAGGCUCCAUGCGGUCAUCUUCAACAUCCUCGAAUGGCACAAUGAUGGGAAACUCGACGGCCAGCAGAACGUCAACCUCGGCUAUCCCAACGAAUACGCAAGCAUGCAACAAUUAUCCCGAAUUCUGCAGUCGAAAGUACAGCAAUAUCACCUAUGUUGGGGCACACAACAGCCCCUUCGUCCUGCUUAACAAUGCAGCCUCUAAUCAACAGCUUGGAGUCAUCGAUCAGCUAGAUGACGGCAUCAGAAUGUUCGAAACCGAGACACAUUACAAUGCUACCACCAGCACCGUCUCUUGCUGCCAUACUUCUUGCAAUCUUCUCGACGUUGGUACGGUCCAAUCCUAUCUCACAAACAUAACCGGCUGGAUUAAGACUCACCCCUACGAUGUGGUCACAAUACUUCUGAGCAAUUCCGACUUCAUCGGCGUCGGCAAUUAUAGUGCUCCAAUUGUAAACUCCGGACUUUCCAACUACGCGUAUGUGCCGCCUCAAAUUCCAAUGAACAUAUCAUCCUGGCCUACCCUGUCAGACAUGAUUCUCAUGGGGAAACGAGCCGUCAUCUUUAUGGAUUACAACGCCAACCAGACUGAAGUCCCAUACAUUUUGGACGAAUUCAGCCAGAUGUGGGAGACACCUUUCAGUCCCACCAACCAGAGCUUCCCUUGCACCCAGCAAAGGCCGCCCAAUUUGAGUCGUCAAGAGGCGGAAAACCGGAUGUAUAUGGCGAACCACAACCUCAAUACCGAGAUUUCUCUCGCGGGGACGAGCCUUUUGGUACCAACUACGGCUCUGAUCAAUCAAACAAAUGCACUUAACGGGACUGGAAGCCUCGGUCUCAUGGCCAACAACUGCGCUGCGGCCUGGCCCAAUUCCCCCAACUUUCUCCUGGUGGAUUACUACAACCAAGGCUCUUCGCCCGGUUUGGCUUGCAUUGCGAAAGGCGUUCUACUCGAAUUUGCACGAGGCAAUAAUGGGGCAUCGAUUGGACCAUUCUGCCUAGCUCAUUUCAUAUAG